UUAGGAUAAACUCUUCGCUCUAUUUUGGUUGACUGUGUUGAUCUCGUCACUUUCACUUAUUUAAAACUGUACUUUCAUAAAAAUCUGUUUCAUUUGUGUUGUAUCAAAAAAUAUUAAUUUUUUUGCUAAAACAUGACUUUAAAGUUAUAUUAUGAUUUACUCUCACAACCAUCGAGAGUACUAUACAUAUUUCUUAAAAUAUGUGAUAUACCAUUUGAACAGAAGAUUAUAAACUUAAAGAAUCUCGAGCAGUAUACUCCAGAGUUUGAACAGAUUAAUCCAUUCAAGAAAGUCCCUGUUAUAGAACAUAAUGGUUUCAAACUUACUGAAAGUAUAGGGAUUAUACGAUACAUAUGCAGAGAAUUUAAGGUAGAUGAUUACUGGUAUCCAUCUAAUUCAAAACAUCAAGCAAAAGUUGAUGAAUAUCUCGAAUGGCAACAUCUCAAUACAAGACUUCAUUGUUCAUCAUAUUUCAUAACGAAGUUUCUUAAUCCACUUAUGCAAAACAGACCAGCAAAGCCAGAAAAAGUGGCUGAAUUUGAAAGUCGCAUGAGUAAUUGUCUUGAUAUUAUCGAGAAUAUAUGGCUAAAAGAUACGCAAUUCUUAAUUGGAAACACAAUCAGUGUGGCUGACAUAUUCUGUGCUUGCGAACUGGAGCAACCACGUAUGGCUGGUUACGAUCCGAAAAAAGGAAGACCACGUCUGACUGCUUGGAUGGAUAAAGUUAUCGAAGCAACAAGUCCAUAUUAUCAAGACGCUCAUAUAUUUUUAAAUAAAAUUGCUGAAGUCAAUUCACGCGAAAAUUUAAAUUCUAAGUUUUAAUUUAAAAAUCAAC